CUUUCGGGCUUCGCGGUGGCGCAUCGCGUCGCCAAGUCCGCGGAUACCUGCGCCCUUCCCUCCCUGAGACCCACGAGCGCUUCCCUCAGUCUGCAGCACCCAGUUGUGGCCCGACGGCGGGUCUCACCAGAACAGCCCGGGCGGCUGAGACCCCACUCCUAAACCAGCAGCUAGACAGGGACCCCAAGCGAACUCGAGUUCCAUGCAAACUAGAACUAAUCCGGAAGAGGGUACCCCAGAAACCUCCUCCCCCUUUGUUUUGUGGAGCUGAAACAGUGCUGCUAAGGGGUGUGGCUGUUCCUAUCCCUGAGUAUGGAGUCCAUCCUGGCCACCUUCCACAGGAAACCUGCCCUGAGGGACUGACAGGAAGGAAACAGGCAGACUGUCGGUCACCAGUGUCAGCUCAGAACUGACUGAUCCCUCCAGCAGGACAGUUCUAUGUUCAGGGAGCCAGAUCCACCAGUUAACUCAGACAGUGGCGCAGGCCAGCAGCCAGUAGAGGGCGAUGAAGACACCUCUGUUGAGGCUCCUCCAGGAUCGAGCUUGGGCCCACCUUGCCUGGAUACCAACCAAGCCUCAAGCUGGCGCCAGUUUCGGGCCCUCCUUCAGCAGUUUCCUCCACAGGACAGUGACGAGCGCUACUGUCUGGCCCUAGGGGAGGAGGAACUGACCCAACUGCGGCUCUUCUGUGCCCAGCGGAAGCAGAAAUCCAUGGGACAGGGGGUGGCUCGCUUGUUACCUCCCAAGCUUGAAGGAUACACCUGUGAGAAGUGCAAGAAGCUGCUGAAUCCAGGAGAGUACGGCGUGUUUGCGGCCAGGGCUGGUGAGCAGUGCUGUUGGCACAGACCCUGUUUUACUUGCCAGGCCUGUGGACAGGCCCUGAUAAACCUCAUCUACUUUUAUCACGAUGGACAUCUCUACUGUGGCCGCCAUCACGCAGAGCUGCUGCGACCUCGAUGUCCUGCUUGUGACCAGCUGAUCUUCUCUCAGAGCUGUACCGAGGCCGAAGGACAGCGCUGGCACGAGAACCACUUCUGCUGCCAAGACUGCGCCGGGCCUCUGGGUGCAGGACGUUAUGCCCUGCCCGGGGGCAGCCCCUGCUGCCCCAGCUGCUUCGUGAGCCGCUACCGGAGUGCAGAUUCUAGCUCAGUAGAGGCACUGGAAGGGCUAGCGUCCCUUGACGCGAGCAUUGGGACCCGAAGCUCUCACCGCGCGUCCUUGGCCUGCGCGCUCCGAAGGCCUCCUGAACCCUCCCGGCGGGGCUGCGGCGCCAAACUCGCUCCCGGGCUGGGGACGCCGUCGCCCACUGGUGGACGGAGGCGGGGGCCCUUGGGGUAGACUGGCGGCAGCGGCGGCGCGCACGGCACCAGCCUGGGGCGGGGCGGGAGGCUGCACGCAACCCUGGCCCGCCUCUUGCACAAAGAUUUGGGGGCUCUGAGAUGAGCAUUUCUAACAGGGGAAACAGAACCCGAUCCAAGCGUCGGCUGGAAUGGUGCCUCCUCGGAUGACAAGAUCACCUCCCAAGUUACACUUCCCUCUACAGUAGCCAGCUCCACUCUGAAAACCCCGAGUGGGGCGU